AUGGCAUCUGUGCUCCGAAGUGUCAAAGCAACAGUGGCCCAGCGGAAACACCAGCUCCUAGCUAACUGCGAUGAGAAUGAGAGCCCUGUGUCUGACAAGUUCAAGAGAAGGGCUUCUUUGAGUUUUCUCAAUACCAUCUGCAUGUCUCUAAGGAAACGAGACCCAUUAAAGCAAGUAGAGCUGAGUUUUCAUGAAGUCCCAACUGGGGAAACUCUAGAAGCAAGACAGAGAUGCCAGGCUCUUCCAACUAUUAAAAGAACAGCAAAAAAUGCUUUUGGAACAGGUUCCCCAGCCUAACAUGUCUAAUGCUUCUUUCAGAAAAUACAGAAGCCUUGCCAAAGCCCAGUUCACUCGAUGGUGACCUUUCCAGCUGAAUCCAUCUGCAGAAGCUAUGCAACCAGUUCUACCAAGAAAAGAAGUACCAUGCCUCGAACCCUUUGCCAUAAGAAGAGUGUUACUACAGCAGCCAGUUCCAAAGGCACCCCAAGAUCCACUGAAAGGGUCUUGCUUGGGCCAAUGAGGGUGUCAGAAUGCACAGGAUGGAGGGAUUCCUCAUCCUGGCUUGGUAAAAAUGCUGUCUCUCUGUGGAGAUCAAGAAGAGCAGCAGCACUGAAGAACCCUUAUUCAUCAUCUGCUCCUGCCAGCAGAAAGAUAGAGUUUGACUGGGAGCUGGAACCGGUCUCCUCAGGGAUUUGCCAGCUAAAGUGUAUCUCCCAGGCACUUGAUGAUGCCAUAAGGCAAGAGGAGAGGUAA